UUAACAUAUUUAGUUGGUAUUUACCAUAAAGAAACUCAUCGACUGGCUUCCUAUCCCUCUCGGCUCUAACGAAUAUCCAGAUCGGCUCGGAAACUUGGGUUGCGACGGUGGUCGUUUAGACCGAACCAUGCCGGGACCUGGGCCUCACAUGCUCUACGCCAUGGGCUCCGGCAUGGCUCUGACCACUCUCUCCGACGGCCGAUUCAGCCCCCACCAUACUCUCUUUUACACCAUCAACGCUUUCUUCGGCCCCGACAUCGGCUCCUUCUCCGAUUGGCUGUCCUCCGUUCUUGGUUUCUCAGCAUCUUCUGUUCCCGACGUUAUCCAUCAUCCCGUCUUCUACAUCCUCAUUCUGGGUCUUCCUCUCUGCCUCUUCUACUCCUGGCUCUCCUCUUUUCUACUCCAUAAGGGCCUCCUCGAUUCUGUCUUUGGGGUAUCUCUUAAUAGAAGGCAAUGCUUGUUGUUAAUUUCAGCUGGUUCUUUUUCACACUUCUUUCUUGACCAUUUGUUUGAGGAAAAUGGGCAUUCAUCAACGUACACUUGGAUAUUGAGCACUGGUUGGUGGGAGAACCGAGCACCAAUCAAUCCAGAUGCUGUUAUGGUUGUUGGAUUCUUGUGCACUUGCUUAAUUGGUGGUUUUGUUUACAUUAACAGGGUGAAGUCUGGAAAGUCAAUUUCGAAACAAUCGUAUCAGUCGGUAAAGCUUAUGGUAGUAGUAGCUACCCUAUAUUCCAUGUGGUGCGCAAGCCAGAUAUACUGGGCUAGCCCUCGUCGACCAGCUGUCGGUGAAGAAGCUGAUCUUGGAGUUUUAGUGUUUCUGGUUUUCUAUUUUUUUCUACCUCAUUAUCUUUGUAUAAAGUCCAUGCAACCAAAAGAUUCUGAAACGAAACAUCUCCCAUUGUGAUAGAUGAGUUAUUCAUUUAUAUUACAAAAAGUUCAAUAGACAACAUCAGUUUCCUUUUUUCACUUUGACAUUACAGCCUGCAGUUGAAGAACCAUAAUCUGUUCAUAUACGAGUUUAUCAUUCGUAUUUGGAACCCAUUGCCGACUUUGCGAACGCAGGAAGACUAAACGCAGCAGUAUGAAUCUAAACAGCAGAAUUGAACAGCCAAAUUAGUUGGAUCUUAUAAGGGGCCUAUGAACAAUUGCGAGCAAAAAGUAAGAAGAAAUCACCUCUGAGUUGUAGAACUUGGGGGGUCCUUGCGCAACACCAAAAUUACUUGGAUCCAGCGGAUUCACCGGGCGUUUGAAGUCGACUGAUGGACCGGCAGUUGAACAGAGCAUGAAGCCAAUCGAGCCACUGAAUUUGGAUCAUUUAGCAGGAGAAAAAAAGCAAUCAGAAAAGUGCAGAUUGUGCAAAAACAUAAACAUGAAGAAGUUUGGAAAUGAAACAAAGGGUUCAUUUUGAA